CAACUAUGGGCAAUAAUGUUACAAAAGCUAAUGUAAGUGCAGAAUUUGAAGACUUAAAGAGAGAUUUGAAUCAAGGCAGUGUCCCUGAAGUGGCAGAUAAAUACAAAAAAUGUUUAAAUGAAAUGCAUGAUCUGCCCCUUAAUAUCGCAGUUACUGGAGAUUCCGGUGCUGGGAAAUCCUCCUUUGUCAAUGCUAUCCGGGGUGUAACGGAUGAUGAUGAUGAGGCAGCCGAGGUUGGAGUAGUAGAAACAACCAUGCAGCCAAAGGGAUAUCCUCACCCUAAGUUCCCCAAUAUGAAAAUAUGGGACCUUCCAGGAAUCGGAACACCUCAAUUUAAGGCAGCAGAAUAUCUAAAGCAAGUCAACUUUGAAACAUAUGAUGUCUUUAUUAUUGUUACCUCUGAUCGCUUCACUGAAAAUGCUGCUUUGCUGGCAAAGGAAAUAGGAAGAACGACUAAGAAGUUUUACUUUAUACGUAGCAAAAUAGAUCUCAGUAUCGAAGGUGAAAAGAGGAAAAAGAAUUUCAACAAGGAAAAAACCCUGGAGACCAUCAGGAAUUAUUGCCAAGGUUGUUUGCAAAGUCCAGGUGAGCCUCCUGCAAGAGUAUUUCUGAUAUCCAGCUGGAAGGUUCAAGAGUAUGAUUUCCCUCUCCUGCAAGAGACAAUAGCUGCUGAACUUCCUGAACACCAGAAAGAUAUUUUAACACUGGCUGUUCAUAUUUUCUCAGAAAAUGAAUUGAUGAAGAAAAAAGAGGCAAUGAAAUCCUAUAUAAAGAAGGUAGCGUGGGUAUCUUUCACUUGUGGAAUAGUGCCUAUCCCAGGUCUCUCUAUGGCUUGUGAUGUUGGAAUUUUGGUAAAUGCUCUGAGAAAGUUCUGCAGGGUGUUUGGCUUAGAUGACCGGUCCCUCCGCUUUCUGGCACGUCAGACGGGAAAAGAAUAUGAAGAGCUGAAGUCGGCUAUCAAGAAAACCCCCUUAGCCAACACAAUCAAUAGAGAUUUAGUACUUUCUUUCUUGAGUAAGUCAUCUGUCUGGGCUACCGUAUCGCUGGUGGAACUUGGUCUUGAUUUUAUACCUGCUAUUGGGUCUGUGUUUGGUGGCGUGAGUUCAUACGCUGUCACGUAUAAUUUUUUGAACAGCUUUCUUGACAAUGCUGUGGAAGACGCCCGAAAUAUUCAGGCAAAAUUUCUUAAAUGAUCAGAGUCCCAGGGAAAGAUCCAAGGCAGCCUCAACCUCCCCUCUGAAGGAGACCCACAAACCUUUCAUCCAAAUGAGAGCAGGGGAAGAACAUAAAAAUAGGCUCCAAAUAUUAGAACUACCGAUUUUCUUACUUUUUAAAAUAAUUCUCUGAUUCAAAUACAUGCUUGAUCACCCUAAGAAGAAAUAAGCAUUUCUGGCUGCAGAUUAUUCCAUGAGAAGGCAGAACUUCAAGAUUUAUCUCUAUGGUUUAGAGGGUGGUUUUUCUUUUCUUGUUUUUUCAGUUUCUUUUUUUUCUGCUCUAUUUGUAACAAUUAUAAAUAAUUAAAGAGGAGACACUAUGGUAGUAUU